AUGCCGCCGCUCAUCCGGCGCCGACCACUUUCGGAACGGAUAAAGUCAUACUUGAAUCCCCUCGAUUUCCUGCUAUGGCUAUCAGAGGAGCUUGGUUCGAGUGAUUGGGAACAAUGGGAAAAGGAGUGGGCGAUCCCCUUUGGAAUUGGGUUAAAUGUGGUGUUCCUCAUAGCACGUGCGAAUAGCUGUACCAACAGCAGCAGGAUUGAGGACGACGUCUUUGGAGAUGUUGUAGAGACGAGUUUGUUGAGCUGGUUUGCUUCUUUCCUUGUUCACUUGUUAGCCUUCGCAUCGAUUUUCAACGCGUUCUACACCUUCUGGCGCAAACGCCAUUAUCGACUGUUCGAAGCACCAAUUGACAAUGUUCCGGCGACCCCUUCCGCACACCGAGUCCCAGUGAAUUCGUCACCCAUGGUUUCGUCGCCAAUGCGAUUUUUCUCUAGUGUGUUGUCCGUCGGGUCGGCGGAAGCAAGGUCACACCCAAACGCGCAACGGGAUGUUUGGGAGUUAGGCAUGUGGGAUCCUCAUCCGCUGUCAUUGAGGCUAUUAUGCCUUUUCAGCCCAGGGCAUGUCGUUAUAUACUGGCUCUUCCUCCCCACCUCCGCAAUAGAUCCGCGACCUAGCGUUACUAUUGUAACGACUCUAUUUCUUGCAACCCUACUAACAGUUCAAAUGUCAAUGCUAUCAUCCUCCUUCUCUCAACAAUUGAAAGACUCGAUGUUGGUUCAUAAAGAAGUUCUCAAUGAAUACGAUACCAAAUUUGUCCAUCCCCGAACACAGCCUAUGAUGCGCAGCGUGGCAACCCAACAUUCGGAAGAAAUGUCAUACAACGCCAAUUUUGAUGAGGCGUAUAAUACUGUGAACACCUAUACUCCAGCAAUACGUAGGGGCUUCAAAAUUAGCCCCAACCCCAAUUACGUCAGUCACAUAGACCCGGCAGGCGCUCUGGAAAAAUACUGCCAACCCCCUCGAUCUUCCACUUCAACUCCCCGUGUAUCAUCUACUAACGCCGACUUUUCUACCCCUACUUACGGCGUAGAUGCAUCAUCCCCACUCCACUCCCGUAGUUCAGCCAUUCGACAGCCUCAGUUUAGAUCCGUGUCUUCUACGGCUGAUGGUGGGAGCCUGGGGGUAUAUUCUCACGCGGCAUCCCCUCUUAGAAAGGCAACAUCGACCCAUUUCGACCACAGAAGCGGAUAUCGUGGCGAUGAACUUGACACUAGAGAUCGACUUCAUAGCCCAGUAAAACUCCCAUCGAGCCCGCUAAAGAGGUCAAGCGUCCCUGGCGGAAUAGGAAGUCCUGGACCUUCUCAGAAGUGGACCCAUCUCACUAACGCAGGCCGCGGGAUAAGACGUGACAGCGGACGGUUCUGA